AUGACAACGCCGCGAAUCACCACCAUUCUACCCUGUUCUGACAUGGCCUCUGCCAUCAAGUUUUUCGUUCGUUUAGGCUUUACAGCUCCAACUCAGGCCCAACUCAGUGAAUGGGACCAGUAUCUUGGCCUGUCUCACCCCAACGGAUCCGAUAUCCAUCUCCGCGAACUUGGACCAGAAGAGGAAGGCUGGGUGGUGCCAACUAGGAACUCAUUUGGAAUUUAUGUGUAUUCUGAAGACGUCGAGGCCUUGGGUGUCGAGUUUGCCGACGAAAUCAUCGAGGCGGGAAAGAAACCCGAGGUGAAGGAAUGGGGUCUGCUGGAGUUUAGUGUGAAUGGGCCCGAUGGAUGCCUAGUCCGCGUGGGGUGGCCAGCGGAUGAAAUUGAAAAGAAGAACACAACAAGCUGA